CGCGCCCCCGCGCAGAGUCCGCGCGUCAGUCGGUCCCCAGUGCGGCUGCGGGGCGACAGGCUGCAGACAGCGGGGCGCGCGGCCCGGGGGAGGUGACGGUGUCGCGGGAGGAGCGUCGGAGCCCGGAGACUCGCACAACGCCAUGGCCCCCAUUGGUCUUAAGGCGGUGGUCGGAGAGAAGAUCAUGCAUGAUGUGAUCAAGAAAGUUAAGAAGAAGGGGGAGUGGAAGGUGCUGGUGGUGGACCAGUUAAGCAUGAGGAUGCUGUCUUCCUGCUGCAAGAUGACAGACAUCAUGACCGAGGGAAUCACAAUUGUGGAGGAUAUCAACAAGCGCAGAGAGCCGCUCCCCAGCCUAGAGGCCGUGUACCUCAUUACCCCGUCGGAGAAGUCCGUCCACUCCCUCAUCAGUGACUUUAAGGACCCACCGACUGCUAAAUACCGGGCCGCCCAUGUGUUCUUCACAGACUCGUGUCCAGAUGCCCUGUUUAACGAGCUGGUGAAAUCCCGUGCAGCCAAAGUCAUCAAGACGCUGACAGAAAUCAACAUUGCUUUUCUGCCCUAUGAGUCCCAGGUGUAUUCCCUGGACUCUGCUGAUUCUUUCCAAAGCUUUUACAGCCCUCACAAGGCUCAGAUGAAGAAUCCUAUCCUGGAACGCCUGGCAGAGCAGAUUGCAACCUUGUGUGCCACCCUAAAGGAGUACCCAGCUGUGCGGUAUCGGGGGGAAUACAAGGACAAUGCCUUGCUGGCUCAGCUGAUCCAGGACAAGCUGGACGCUUACAAAGCUGAUGACCCCACAAUGGGGGAGGGUCCCGACAAGGCACGGUCCCAGCUCCUGAUCCUGGAUCGUGGCUUUGACCCCAGCUCUCCUGUGCUUCAUGAAUUGACUUUUCAGGCUAUGAGUUAUGACCUGCUGCCUAUCGAAAACGACGUUUACAAAUACGAGACCAGCGGCAUCGGAGAGGCGCGGGUGAAGGAGGUGCUUCUGGAUGAGGACGACGACCUGUGGAUCGCGCUGCGCCACAAGCACAUCGCAGAGGUGUCCCAAGAGGUCACCCGGUCUCUGAAGGACUUUUCCUCUAGCAAGAGGAUGAAUACUGGAGAGAAGACCACCAUGCGAGACCUGUCCCAGAUGCUGAAGAAAAUGCCCCAGUACCAGAAGGAGCUCAGCAAGUAUUCGACCCACCUGCACCUUGCUGAGGACUGUAUGAAGCAUUACCAAGGCACUGUGGACAAGCUCUGUCGUGUGGAGCAGGACCUGGCAAUGGGCACAGAUGCCGAGGGGGAGAAAAUCAAGGACCCCAUGAGAGCCAUUGUCCCCAUCCUUCUGGAUGCGAACGUCAGCACUUACGACAAAAUCCGCAUCAUCCUCCUCUACAUCUUCCUGAAGAACGGCAUCACUGAGGAGAACCUAAACAAACUCAUCCAGCAUGCCCAGAUCCCCCCGGAGGACAGUGAGAUCAUCACCAACAUGGCUCACCUUGGUGUGCCCAUCGUCACGGACUCUACACUACGACGCAGAAGCAAGCCGGAGCGGAAGGAGCGCAUCAGUGAGCAGACCUACCAGCUCUCACGAUGGACCCCGGUCAUUAAGGACAUCAUGGAGGACACCAUUGAAGACAAACUGGAUACCAAGCACUACCCGUACAUCUCGACCCGCUCCUCUGCUUCCUUUAGCACCACGGCUGUCAGCGCCCGCUAUGGACACUGGCACAAGAAUAAGGCCCCCGGGGAGUACCGGAGCGGCCCCCGCCUCAUUAUUUUCAUCCUCGGGGGCGUGAGCCUGAAUGAGAUGCGCUGCGCUUACGAAGUGACCCAGGCCAACGGCAAGUGGGAAGUGCUGAUAGGGUCCACGCACAUUCUCACCCCACAGAAACUCCUGGACACGCUGAAGAAGCUGAAUAAAACAGAUGAAGAAAUAAGCAGUUAAAAACAUAAGCUGCCCCUCCAAUCCUGGCUCCCUUCCCACAGUGCCCUGCAGCUCCCCAGCGCGAUGCCUCGUUUGCUCUGCUGCCUCCCCAGCCCUGCACGCCCUGGCCACCCCGUUGCCACGCUGAGUUCUCCUGUGCGAAGACAUUCUAUCUUGUCCUUUGAAAAGCAAGAGAGUAAUGUGUUGUUUUUUAAAAAUGAGUAUCUUCUGUGCUUAUCCCACAAGACGUUCCCAUGCAAGCGCCACACUGCAGAAGCGUCAGGACUCUAGACCGAGUGGACUCUCUCCUUAUUUAUGACCCCAUGACUGUAUAUAGCCCUAUGCCCUGUGCGCACAUUGCUUGAGUUUAGAAAGGUAGAUGUGUGGGUGUUUCUCAAAGCCUGUUUGGGCUCAUUUCUGUUCUUGAUGGGAAUUGUAAGGUGUCUGUGCCCCGGGUAGUCCACAUUUCUCUCUCCAGUCCCUGCUCACCGCCUGUUCUCAGGCACAGAGGCUGGAAAUGGCAGUGAGCAGACACCUCCAGAGGCCAGCAUGAAACAGGCCUCUUUGCCUGGUGUUGCAGCUGGGCAGGGGGGGAGGUGGUGUUGGAUGUCCACAGGAAGCCAGUCUGGGUGCCAGCCAGUGUUGUUGCCAGAGACUGGCACUACUCCCCUGACCUGUGUCCACAGUGCUGUACCCUGAGUUAAGUCCUCCAACCUAGCUCAGCAUGCCUUGUAUCCUCAGUUCCUCAAGAGAGGAGUUAGGCACAACCAGCCGCCUUCUUUCCUCAGCCUGGAGAGAGGUCAAGGGUCAGGAAUGGACUGGAAGAUGUGGGUUGGUACUCUGAUCAAAGGGUGCUUUGCUAGAGAAGGACUGUAGGCCUGAGGAAUGGGGGCACCACUGAUGGUGUCUCCACUCUGCAAGUGACACCAGUCAGAGGAUCCUGAGUUUAAGAUAGCUCAUCAAUCAUAAUUUUGUGUAAUGUACAGUCAUAUGUCAUUGUGGUUGUAUGAGAAAAAUGAUCAUUUUAUUCUUUAUAUUGAAAUCAUCGCUGUAUAAAACCUAGCUAGCUAUAAAGCAGAAAUUCCAGAAGCAGAUGCUGGAAGGAUGGUUUUCAUCCUCAGGACGCAGCAGCUCGCCGAGCGCCCCUCGCUGUGCUGCUGCAGUCGUGAAACACAGACAGUGGAAGUCACAAAAACGUCCCCAGCCCAGCCCCCCUCCCGCAAACUUGUGUGUAUUACUGUGUCUCGUGCUGUCUUGGCAGAUGUGGUGACCUGUGCUCUUCUCCCCUCUCCUGAGUUCAGCCCUGCCCCGCCCUUCUCCCUCCAGUGACCUUCUUCCUUAGGACCAACCCUAGCAGCACUGGUUGAUUUCUCCUGGAGCCGCUUCUUUCGUCCCUUCCCUCCGGUCAAGCAAUGCUCAUGCUUCAGGACCUUGUUUGUCGAACAUGUGGGGUUUCCUUUAUGUUAUUUAUAUAAAUAAUUUCUCAAAAGGAUAUUUAAAAAAAGCUAGUCUGUCUUGAAACUUGUUAACUUGAAACUCUCGAAUCUCAGUGUUUAAAGUGUGGAAGCGCAGCCGUGCACCACUCUACCGUCCUGUACUGCAGCAUUUGAGUCUAAUAAAGACAUCAGCGCUCA